AAUCUUCUUCUCUGAAUUUUUCAAAAAUAUCGUCAAUUUUAAUGGCUUUCGAAUCAGAAUCAGAAUCAUCAUUGAUGGAGAAUUUGAUGAAUUCCAGAAACAGAGACUCUUCUUUGUUUUUACCUUUCAUUUUAUCCAUUACGAACAAUUCAAUUUCAUCAAAUCCAGAUGAAGAAACAGAUGAAUCAACAACUCGAUCUGAGUUUUCCGAUCGGAUCAUACUUGUAAACCCGUUAACCCAAAACAUGAUCGUCAUGGAAACACGUUCAUCUACUACUUUAGAUUCAUUUCUGAACGAAUUGAUGAGCAAAGAAGGUCAACCGCCAGCUUCCAAAGCAUCAAUUGAUGCACUUGAAAGUGUUGAGAUUUGCGAAGAAGGAGAAAAAGGGGAUUGUUCUAUAUGUUUGGAUGAUUGGGAAAUUGGCGAGAUAGUGAAAGAAAUGCCUUGUAAGCAUAGAUUUCAUGGCGAUUGUGUUGAAAAAUGGUUGAAGAUUCAUGGGUCGUGUCCGAUAUGUAGGUAUAAAAUGCCUGAAGAAAAUGGUGAAUCGAAAAAUCGAGGGAGGAGGAGAGAGAUUUGGAUGACUUUUUCAAGUUCAGAAAAUCAUAAUAAUCAUACAGUUUCAGCUAAUUUUAGUUCAGAAAAUGAUCAUGAUCAAGCUUAGAAAAAACUUUUCAUGUUUGUUUUUUGGUUCAAAAUUUGCAGUUUUUUUAAAUAAUGUUAUUGUACAGAGGCACAUUUGUUUGUUGGAUAUGGUAAAAUGGAGGUUUAUAUUUUAUUUCGU